GCUCAGGUUGUUGGACAUAUUUGCUUCUUUCUUCUUCUUCUUUUUCUUUUUCUUUUAAGUUCUGUUCACACGCUGUUCAACAUUUAAGAAGCCAUAUAGCUGCUGCUGCUGAGCUUGUUCUUUCAAUUCCCAAUAUCAUCUUCUGCUUCUUUCUUCCCUCUCUGUAACCCAUUCCAUUUUCUCUUCUCUCUCUCUCUCUCUCUGAAAUCGUGUGAUCGAUCAGAGUGUCCCCCACCCCCAUCUCUCUGCUUUGGCAUAAAUUUCUCUCUUGUUUAGUCACAUUCCACAAGUGAUUUCCUGUUUCUCCCUUUUUCACUCAGUUGGGUUCACUUUAUCAACCUUGAUUUUCCUCUUCCUUUUUUUUUUUAAAAAAAAAUUUGGUGUUUUUGUUCAGUCUCUCCAUUUUUCAGCCUUUCUGCUAGUCACCAUCUUCAUUAUUUUUGCUCUCUCUCUCUCUCUCAAAAUAUUUCUCCCCUGGUUUAAUCAUGAACAAUCCCUAUUCCAGUUACUACACAGGAUGGUUCCACCAAUACUUCUCUAAUUCCUCAACCUCUUCUUCUUCUUCUUCUUCUUCAUCAUCAUCAUCAUACAACUACAACUCAUAUUACUCAUCAUCAGGCAACACCAUCAACAUCAACAACAGCUCUUUCAGCAUUGAUCAUCAAAUUCAUCCUCACCGCCAAUCCUCACCUCCCUCUCCACCUCUCAGGGAAGCUCUGCCUCUCCUCACCUUAAGCCCAGCAAGACAUCAUGAGUACCAUGUUGAAGAACAUCAUCCCUCCUGCACUACUUUUACUCAUCAACAAUCCUUCUUUUCUCCUUCUCCUUCUCCUUCUGCUGCUGCUGCUGAAGAUGACGACCAACAAGAUGUCACUGUGGCUCUGCACUUAGGGCUUCCUACCUCUUCUUCUGUUGUGGGUGUCCCAAAUCUCUCCUCAGCAGAUGAUGAUGACAAGGAUGAAGACCACCAAGUCACUGUUGCUGCUUCUGCCGCCACUGGACUCAACAAGGGUCAGUACUGGAUCCCUACCCCUGCCCAGAUUUUGAUUGGACCUACUCAGUUCUCUUGCCCUCUCUGCUUCAAAACCUUCAACAGAUACAACAACAUGCAGAUGCACAUGUGGGGGCAUGGAUCUCAGUACAGAAAAGGGCCAGAGUCUCUAAGAGGAACACAGCCCACGGCCAUGCUCAAGCUGCCAUGCUACUGCUGCGCACCAGGGUGCAGGAACAAUAUUGACCAUCCCAGAUCGAAGCCCCUGAAGGACUUCAGAACCCUUCAGACCCAUUAUAAGAGAAAGCACGGCAUCAAGCCCUUUGCGUGCCGAAAGUGCGGUAAGGCCUUCGCGGUCCGGGGCGAUUGGAGAACCCACGAGAAGAACUGUGGGAAGCUCUGGUAUUGCAUUUGUGGAUCCGAUUUCAAGCACAAGAGGUCCCUCAAAGAUCACAUUAAGGCUUUUGGACAUGGCCAUGCGUCUUAUGGCAUUGACUGUUUCGAAGAAGACGACGAACCAGCUUCCGAAGUUGAGCAAGAUAACGAACAUUCUUAGUGAUAUAUAUAUAUAUAAUCAUUGGUAAGGGGUCUUCAGUCGGGAAUUGAACCAUCUAAUAUUUUGAUAUGAUCUUGAUUAAUGAUUUACCCAGUUAUGUAUGCAUGGCCUGAUUGAUCGAACCCUGCGAUCGCUAGAGAUUUCAUAUAAAGAAUUAUUUGAACUUUGAGGGCCUUAAA